UUCCGAACUGUCUAUACCCCAGGUUGCUUGCUUACAAUUCGUCUAUCUCGGCCAUCCUAGUCUUCCCGAUCAUGACCUUGUCCAUCCACACCCUUCGGGCAAUACAACCCGAAUGUCUUUGCCGCCGUGUGACCGUGCAUGGCACGGUGACGCCGGACAACGACUCCGGAGACAAUAAUAAUAAUGAUGAUGAUGAUGAUGAUGAUGAUGAUAGUGGAAGGUUGAAUGGAUUCAUCGCGGGUUGGCAGACCACCGUCACCAGACACUCCGACAGACUACAUAGUACAGUACAUACAUACGUACCACCUCCCGGUUUGCAGGAGACUGACAUCUUGACGUUACCCGAGACCAACACAUUGUAAUGCCAGUGGCCAGCCAGUGGCCAACCCGUGGCUGUCUCCGUCCAUUCCGUGUUACUUGCAGGGUUGAACUGUGACUGUGUUUGUUUUGAAGGAGGGGG